AUGGCUAAAUUCGUGCUUGCGGGUAGAGCAGAUUGUCCAUAUUACGCUAAAGCGGAACUUCUGGCAGACUAUUUGCAGAAGAAUCUUCCUAAUUUUAGGAUACAUAAAAUUACACAACAUCCUGACAUUUGGGAGGAGUGGCUGAAAGAUGUGUGUGAAAAGAAUAAGUGGAGUCACAAAACUUCUCCCAUCAUCUGGAGAGAGCUGUUGGAUCGCGGCGGAAAGGGUAUUCUUCUGGGAGGCUAUAAUGAGUUCCUGGAGCAUGCCCAGCUUUACUAUGGUGUCACCUCUAGCAUGACAAGUGAGCUGAUGCUGAUAGUUGCUAAAGAAAACCUGGGGACACAUAUAGAAAAAGAGCUUGAGGAAGAAUCCCUCAAAGGACUCAUCAGCCCCCUGCAGGUCUGGAUCACCAGUGCAUCAACUCCUGCCAGCUACAACCUGAUUCCUUUAUUGACAAGUGGUGAGGUGUUUGGGAUGCAUACGGAAAUUAGCAUAACUUUAUUUGACAACAAGCCCGGAAACAAACUCACAUCCGUACUGUUGGAGAGCCAGGACCUGGUAGCGCCCGUCCUCCGGAGCGUCAGGAUCUGCACUCGAGUGGAGGAGGCCUUCCACCAGGCCCACGUGAUCAUCAUCCUGGAUGACAGCACUGACAAGGAGGUGCUCAGCCUAGAAGAAGGCAUCCGGAGCAGGGUUCCUCUGUGCAGGCUCUAUGGAUACCUGAUUGAGAAAAAUGCCCAUGAAUCCGUCAGAGUUAUUGUGGGAGGAAAAACCUUUGUGAAUCUUAAAACAGCCUUGCUUAUGAGAUACGCCCCAAGUGUCGCACACAACAUUAUCGCUGUGGCAUUGGGGGUAGAAGGGCAAGCUAAAGCUGUGCUGGCCAGAAAAUUGAAAACCACUUCGGCAGGCAUCAAAGAUGUGAUAAUUUGGGGUAAUAUUAGUGGAAAUAACUAUGUCGAUCUGAGGAAAGCCAAGGUCUACAGAUAUGAGAGUGCCGUUUGGGGACCCCCUCACUAUUCACGCCCUGUUUUAAACUUGAUUUUUGAUAGUGAGUGGUUAAACAAAGAAUUUGUGACAACUCUGAAAAACUUAUCAGCCACAGGAAAACAAUUUGGAGGCAUUUUGUCUGCACACAGUAUAGCCACUACCUUGAAAUACUGGUACCAUGGCUCACCACCUGGGGAGAUUGUGUCUUUAGGAGUACUGAGUGAAGGCCAGUUUGGUAUUCCUGAAGGGCUUGUCUUUUCUAUGCCUGUGAAAUUUGAGAAUGGAAGUUGGGUGGUUCUUACAGAUCUUGAAGAUAUUGAAAUAAAUGAACAAAUAAUGACCAGAAUGACAAGUGAUAUAAUUCAGGAAAAACUUGUUGCGCUUGGAGAUGUGUUAUAUUUUGAACCAUACCAGUCAGAACAUAAAUAUAGCUUAUACUCUGAUCUAGUCCAAGAAGAAGAAAAAGAUCUAGCUUUAUCAGAUAUGGAUUUUUUAGAUCUGGUUCCUCAAAGCAUCCCAGAAAAGACAUACAAUCCAGUACCCACAGAUGACUUUGAAGACAAAAGAGUGGAACAGUAA